UGAACCUGCUGACAGGCUAGAGUGAAACAGCUUUGCAUUGUUUUCUAAUACUUUGAUUGAAAGGGCGUUUGAACAGACUUGAAGAAUACUGGAGUAAGAUCCAAAAUGUGGCUCUUUUAUCUCCUGUUAUUUGCCAUGGUGCAGCGAUCAAUAAAUGAGGUUUGUCAAGGAGGAUCGCACAAUUCUACAACCACAGUAAAAAGCACGUCCACAGUACGAAGUACAAUGACGAGCCCUUCUACAAAUGUGUCGACAUCACCUGUGGCAGCUUCGACCACUUCCAUAACCACAGUAGAAAGCACAUCCACAGAGCCAAGUACGACGAGCACUUCUACAACGGUGUCAACAUCAGCUGGGGCAGAUUGGACCACUUCCAUAACCACAGCUGAAAGCAUGUCCACAGAGCCAAGUACAAUGACAAUCCCUUCUACAACUGUGUCGACAUCACCUGUGACAGAUUGGACCACUUCCAUAACCACAGCUGAAAGCAUGUCCACAGAGCCAAGUACAAUGACAAUCCCUUCUACAACUGUGUCAACAUCACUUGUGGCAGAUUGGACCACUUCCAUAACCACAGCUGAAAGCAUGUCCACAGAGCCAAGUACAAUGACAAUCCCUUCUACAACUGUGUCGACAUCAUCUGUGGCAGCUUCGGCUGCUUCUGAAACGGCAAUAAAAAGCACAUCCACAGAGCCAAGUACAACUGAGUUGACCUCAACUGUGGCAGAUUCAACCACUUUUGAAACCACAUUAGAAAGCACAUCCAUACAGCAAAGUACAACCUUGAGCCCUGCUACAACUGAGUUGACUUCAACUGUGGCAGAUUCAACCACUUUUGAAACCACAUUAGAAAGCACGUCCAUAGAGCAAAGUACAACCUUAAGCCCUUCUACAUCUGAGUUGACUUCAACUGUGCCAGAUUCAACCACUUUUGAAACCAUAGAGCAAAGCAUAUCCACAGAGGAAAGUACAACAUUCAGCCCAUAUCCAUCUGAGUUUACAUCAACCAUAGCAGAUUCAACCACUUUUGAAACCACAGAGCAAAGUAUAUCGACAGAGGAAAGUACAAUGUUCAGCCCAUCUCCAUCUCGGUAUACAUCAGCCGUAGCAGGUAUCAUCAUUUUCAAAUAUUCCCCAAAAGUGGCUAGGAAUAUCUCCUGCUAUCAAAACAAAUGA